AUGGAAUCGGUGAAGGACGAAGAACGUCUGCGGCGGCUGCGUGCCCUGGAGGAGCGGCUUUGUGACCCUCGUUCCCCAGGCAACGUGGACUGCUUGCUAGACACCGUGACUGCUCUCGUUUCCGACUGUGACCACCCGGCUAUCCGUCGCAUGAAGAAUGUCGAGGCAUACACCAGCAGAUAUGAGGCUUUUGCUUCAGACAUUGUAGAUCUGCGCAUGAAAGCAGCAGAUUUUGAUUUAAUAAAAGUGAUUGGCCGUGGGGCAUUUGGUGAAGUGCAACUAGUCAGACACAAGUCUACACGUCAAGUGUAUGCCAUGAAAUUACUCAGUAAAGUUGAAAUGAUCAAGAGAUCUGAUUCUACAUUUUUUUGGGAGGAACGACACAUUAUGGCACAUGCUAACUCCGAGUGGAUAUUAAAACUUCAUUUUGCUUUUCAAGACCACAAGUACCUUUACAUGGUGAUGGAUUACAUGCCCGGUGGUGAUCUUGUUAGCCUUAUGUCCAACUAUGAUAUACCUGAAAAAUGGGCUAAAUUUUAUACUAUGGAAAUUGUCCUUGCACUAGACGUAAUUCAUGGUAUGGGCUUUGUACACCGUGAUGUUAAACCAGAUAAUAUGUUAAUUGAUAAAUAUGGACAUCUAAAACUAGCUGAUUUUGGUACAUGCAUGCGAAUGGGACCCGAUGGUCUUGUGCGGGCAAGUAAUGCUGUGGGUACUCCUGAUUACAUAUCACCUGAAGUGUUGCAAUCACAGAAUGGUGAAGGAGUUUAUGGUCGUGAAUGUGACUGGUGGGCUGUGGGAAUAUUUUUAUAUGAAAUGCUCAUUGGAGAUCCUCCUUUUUAUGCAGACAGUUUAGUUGGUACAUAUGGCAAAAUUAUGGAUCACAGAAACUCACUUCAGUUUCCAGAUGAUGUAGAAAUUUCAAAGGAUGCCAAAUCUCUAAUCAGAGGUCUUCUAACAGACAGAAUCAAACGAUUGGGCAAAAAUAGUGUUAAUGAAAUUAAGCAGCAUCCAUUUUUCAUCAAUGACCAGUGGAGUUUUGAAAACUUGAGAGACUCUGUACCACCAGUUGUGCCUGAAUUAUCUAGUGAUGAUGAUACAAGGAAUUUUGAUGACAUGGAAAAGUCUGAUGCUUUGGAUGAAUCUUUUCCUGUGCCCAAAGCAUUUGUUGGUAACCAUUUGCCUUUUGUAGGUUUUACUUAUAAUGGUGAUUAUCAGUUAUGCGCGAGAGGAUUGAAGGCAGCCGAUGUGGUAGAUACUAUCUCUAAUAAUCAUAUUAAUAAUGUUGGAUCUGAAGCCAUAUUGCAACUGGAAAAACUUCUCGAAAGAGAAAGGGACUGUCGAAGAAAGUUGGAAGACACUCAAGUCACGUUAUGUGCUCAACUUGAAGAGUUUUCUCAGAGAGAUACUAGAAAUAAGAAAAUAUUAGCUGACACAGACAAAGAAUUAGCACUAUUACGUCACGAUCUGAAAGAGUUACAAAGAAAGGCUGACAUAGAAGCAGAGUCCAGAAGAAAAGCUGAAUUUAAUUAUAACGAAGCUAAACGACGGCUCGACGAAGAGCAAAGUAAACGAGCGAAGGAAAUAAACAAUUUACAGACAUACAAUGAUAAAAUUAACGCUUUAGAAAUGCAAUUGACAGAGUUGCGCGAGAAAUUAAAACAAGAGUCCGAAGCUGCUGCCAAAUCACGGAAACAAGCUGCAGAACUGACUGCCGCGCAGGCAGCUGCCGCUGCUGUGAACGACGGCACUGUGGCCAGCUUGCGUGCUCAGCGCGAUAACCUAGAAAGAGAACGAAGUACUCUCUCAGAAGAACUUGCUGGUGUAAAGGCAGCUAAACAACGUUGUGACGCAGCUGUCGCAGAAGCCACGAGCAGAUUGAACGCCGCUCACGCCGAGCUCGAACGGGCAUCGACUCGACUAAAUCAAAUUAUGGCCGACAAUAGGCAGCUUUCAGAGCGAGUGUCCUCGUUGGAGAAGGAAUGUGCCUCUCUGGCACACGAGCUCCGUGCAGCGAAGCACAUGUACCAGCAGGAAGUACGUGCACACCAAGACACGCAGCGGUCUCAAUUGCUCUCUAAACAAGAAGCCAAUUUGGAGCUAGUCAAGGGAACAUUGGAAUUGAUAUUUAAAGCUCUGCAAUCCAAACUGAACGAGGAGAAGACAGCGCGACAACGGUCAGAGUCUGCGUGUCAAGAGAAAGACAGGCAGAUGUCGAUGCUCAGUGUCGAUUACCGACAGAUGCAACAGCGCCUUCAGAAACUUGAAGGGGAACAUCGACAGGAGACUGAAAAGGCAAUGGGUUUAGCGGCUUCGUUGGAGCAGGAGCGAGCUGCUCGAAUGGCGGCGAGCGGCGAGGUGGCGGCGGCCGAGGCGGCGGCGCGCGCCGCGGCGGCCGAGCGCGACGCGCGCGCCCGCGACCUGCACGCCGUGCGCACCGCGCUGCACGACACCUCCGAGAAGCUGGCUGCCGCCUCCGCCGAGCGCGACAUGCACUGCGCCAGGAGCGAGGAGCUGAGGCAGCAGUUGGAGACAGAGCAACACUACUGCUUCGUGUACAAGAGCCAGGCCAACGACAUGCGCCUGAUGCUGGAGGAGAACACGCGAGCGGCGCGCGACGCCGAGCAGGAGCGCUCCAGUCUGCUGCAUCAGCUGCAGCUAGCCAUCGCACGCGCUGACUCCGAGGCCAUCGCCAGGUCUAUCGCCGAGGAGACAGUCGGGGAGUUGGAAAAGGAGAAGACAAUGAAGGAGCUGGAGAUGCGUGACGCCAUGUCCCAGCACCGCAGUGAUCUCGCCGCGAGGGAUGCCAUGCUGCAGGGGCUGCGGGACAGGGACCAUGAGAACAGAGCCACCAUCGACCUGCAGCGGAAGGAGGUUGACGAGUUACGUCGCAACGGCACAGCCCUGGCUGAGCGCGUGGCCACGCUGCAGCGACUGCAGGAAGAUGUCGACCGACUCAACAAGAAACUUAACUCCGAGAUCAUGCUCAAGCAACAAGCUGUCAACAAACUUGCCGAGAUCAUGAACAGGAAAGACAUGAACCCAGCAGCGACGAAGAACAAGAGCAAGAUGUCAGUGCGCAAGGACAAGGACUACCGCAAGCUGCAGCAGGAGCUGACGAGGGAGAAGGAGAAGUUCGACCAACACAUGUCCAAGCUACAGCGGGACCUGCAGGACUGUCAGCAACAACUGCUCGACGAACAGUCCACGCGACAGAGACUCGCCAUGGAGGUUGACAGCAAAGAUGCAGAGAUUGAACAGCUGAAAGAGAAACUGGCAGCUCUAACAAGUGAGACAGCGUCGCAGUCGUCCGCCGACGCAGAGGACGGAGAGACCGAGCAGACACUGGAGGGCUGGCUCUCUGUACCAUUCAAGCAGAACAUACGACGACACGGGUGGAAGAAACAGUACGUCGUCGUCUCCUCCAAGAAGAUCAUCUUCUACAACACCGAGAAUGACAAGCAGAACACCACUGACCCCGUCAUGAUUUUGGAUUUGAGCAAGGUGUUCCACGUGCGCUCAGUGACCCAGGGCGACGUGAUCCGAGCGGACGCGAAGGACAUCCCGCGCAUCUUCCAGCUCUUGUAUGCAGGCGAGGGAGAGGCCAGGAGACCUGGGGACGCCGCCGACACACCUGCAGAGGCGGGGGACCAUGCUGGUACCCCGGUGCAGCACAAGGGCCACGACCUGGUGAGCAUCACGUACCACAUCCCCACGGCCUGCGAGGUCUGCACGCGCCCGCUCUGGCACAUGUUCCGGCCGCCGCAAGCCUACGAGUGUCGCCGCUGCCGCAUGAAGAUCCACGCGGAGCACGUGUCGGAGGGCGAGGGCGGGGCGGGCGCGGGCGGGCCGGGCGUGGCGGCCUGCAAGCUGCACGCCGACCGCGCGCGCGAGCUGCUGCUGCUGGCGCCGGCCGCGCCCGACCAGCGCCGCUGGGUGGCGCGCCUGCAGCGCCGCGUGCAGCGCUACGGGUACCGCGCCGCGCACACCAACCACGACCACACCAAGCUCUCGCCCAGAGACUCGAUGCGGUCUAACCUGAAGUCAGCGUACAUGAACGCGUCGCAGCGCAGCUCGACGUUGCCGGCCAACGCGUCGCUGCCGCGCCAGUGA